AUAUUUUAAACCAAUAAUUUAUUAACAUUUGAAUUCACUAUUAAUUUCAGGUUGCUGGACUGAUACUCCACGCAUAAGCAAAUGGUUAAAGAAGCAUCACAUGAAUGAAUCUCAAGCUUAUCAGUACUUUGUCUUGAGAGCUCAGAAUAUAGCUCUGUCCCAUGGAUAUGAAAUUGUUAACUGGGAGGAGACAUUUAACACCUUUGGCAAUAAAUUGAGCCGUAAAACUGUGGUGCACAACUGGCUCGGUGGUGGAGUUGCUCAGCAAGUGGUGGCAUCUGGAUUAAGGUGCAUUGUGAGCAACCAGGAUAAGUGGUACUUGCACUACUUGGACACCACCUGGCAGGUAUUCUAUAUGAAUGAACCACUCACAAAUAUUACAAACUCCAAGCAACAGAAGUUAGUUAUUGGUGGUGAGGUAUGCAUGUGGGGUGAAUACAUUGAUGGGUCAGAUAUAGAACAAACCAUAUGGCCACGUGCUGCAGCAGCUGCUGAGCGGCUAUGGACACCAUAUGACAAGCUUGCCAAGGAUGCAAGUGAAGUUACUGGAAGGUUGGCUCAUUUCAGAUGUUUACUGAAUCAAAGAGGAGUUGCUGCUGCUCCAUUAUCUGGACCAGGCCGAGUUGCCCCUUUUGAACCAGGUUCCUGCUACGUGCAAUAAGAAGCAGAAGCACUGGAACAACUCCUAGUUGUAAAAAAGCAAUUUGGCUGUA